AUGUCGGGCGUGCCGUCGUCGGCCACAGAUGAAGAACCCGAUGGAUUCAAUGGUCGACAAUCGUUGAGCCGGAGACGGUCUCCGACGAAAGAGGCCGAGUUCGAGUUGGUCGGCGGACGAGGACAGCCAGACCUGACCACCACCAGCUCGUCGGAAUCUUCUGAGCACGCAACUCCCACCCGGAUGACCGUCAGCGAUGGACAGUCCGUCGCCAUCGAGAGGGUGCGCACUGCGCGGGACGAACCGGCGCAAGAAGGCCAAAUAGAUCCCCAACCUCAGCGGAUAACGACCAAUGCGUCGGCUGCCGGACCAGUGUAUUCAGUCUUCAGCAAGAACCAGAAGAGGUUCAUCGUCUUCAUAGCCUCGUGGGCUGGCUUCUUCUCGCCAGUCUCGGGCCAGAUCUACUUCCCUGCUCUAGUACCGCUGGCUAGAGAUCUCCAUGUUUCGGAUUCACUUAUCAAUCUGACUCUAACAUCGUACAUGAUCUUUCAAGGUCUCGCUCCAACUUUUAUUGGGGACUUUGCAGACGCUGCGGGACGGCGUCCUGCAUAUGCUAUCUGCUUCAUCGUCUACAUUGUUGCCAAUAUCGCUCUGGCACUCCAGCACAGCUAUGCCGCUCUUUUUGUACUGCGGUGCAUACAGAGCACCGGCAGUUCAGCGACGAUUGCAAUGUGCAGCGCUGUCGUGUCCGAUGUCGCCACACCAGCAGAGCGAGGCAAGUAUAUGGGCUUCACUCUCGCGGGUUCUCUGCUGGGUCCUGCAAUAGGCCCUGUCAUCGGUGGCCUUCUUGCAGAGUUUCUUGGGUGGCGGGCAAUCUUCUGGUUUUUGACAAUCAUGGGCGCUGCUUUCCUGAUUGUCUUUGGGAUUUUCUUCCCGGAAACAGCGCGGAAUCAAGUCGGCAAUGGCUCAAUACCGCCCAAAGGAUGGAGUAUGUCGCUGAUGAACUAUCUCGCAAUCAGAAAGGCACGCAGUACGCAAUCGGAGGACUAUAUUUCUGCAACACCUGAGUCGCAAAUGAUGGCACCGCAGAAGCAAAAAUUCCGUUUUCCCAACCCCUUACGUUCCAUGGUCUUGAUCCUCGACAAGGAAAACUUCCUGCUACUAUUUUACAAUGCAUUUCUGUUUGCCGCCUUUUACGACGUCACAGCCGCAAUACCCUCCCAGUUUGAGCAGAUUUAUAAUUUCAGCGUCCUUCAGAUCGGUCUGUGCUACAUCCCCAUGGGUGUCGGUUCGAUGUGCGCGGCCUUGAUCAAUGGGCAACUGCUAGAUCGCAAUUUCGCGCGGUGGUGCCGAAAGCUCGGCGUCACGAUCAAGAAGGGCCGUGAUCAGGAUUUGAGCAAUUUCCCAAUAGAAAAGGUAAGACUACAGGUGGCGAUGCCUGCGGUUUACUCGACUACGGUCUUGGUGUGCCUGUUUGGCUGGAUCAUGCAUAUAAAUGGACCGCUAGCGGCGAUGGUGGUCGUGCUGUUCUUCAUGAGCAUCAGCAUGAGCAUUGGGUUCAAUGUGACGAGUACCUUGUUGAUAGACUUUUAUCCCAAAAGUCCGGCAACGGCGACUGCUGCAAACAAUGUCGUCAGAUGCCUCUUGGGCGCCGGGGCGACGGCUGCGGUUAUUCCAAUGAUAAACGCAUGGGGGAGGGGAUGGACUUUUACUUUCCUCAGUCUGUUUCUGGUCGCCACGAGCCCUAUGCUUUGGGCUGUGUACUUCUGGGGCCCGAAGUGGAGAAAGCAAAGGCUGGAUCGAGAGCUGAGAGUGAAGAGGGAAAAGGAGGAGAAAGCCAGAAAGGAAGGCAAGGUGGAAAACGGAGAGAACGACCAAUUCGUCAAAGUCCCAGGUCAAGGAGCCCUGUCAGAGAUGGGUGGCCAGGUUGAGAAAAGGAGAGAGGCGGAGAGAGGAAAAGAGAGACGAUCGAAUGAUGGAGACGACGAAAGUGAUGGCAACGAUGCGACGAUAAUGAGGACAUUGUCAUACCAAUCUAGUAUCGGAGUUUAG